CUGCGUGAGGAGAGGGCGAAAUGGAGGUCUCGGGGUCCAAGCUGCAGUCAACCUCAGCCGCGACUGCGACCUCCACGUCGACUCCCGCGGCCUCGACCACACCGGAGCAUGUGGAUAAAGAGCAGAUUAGAAAGGCAGUGGAAGCUCUUUUGGCACAUUCCAAGUCCAGGAAAAACGAUAAUGGAUUGCUUUUGAAUGAGAAUGAAAAUUUAUUUUUAAUGGUGGUAUUAUGGACAAUUCCAAGUAAAGAACUGAGGACCACAUUGUUUUUGCCUCAUGGUAUUCUAUCAGAUUUAGCAGAAAUCUGUUUGUUUACUAAGGACGAACCCAAUUCAACUCCUGAAAAGACAGAACUUUUCUAUAAAAAGCUUUUGAAGAAGCAUGGAAUUAAAACCAUUUCUCAGAUUAUCCCCCUCCAAACUUUAAAAAAGGAAUAUAAAGCCUAUGAAGCCAAGCUCCGCCUCUUGGGGAGUUUUGACUUCUUCCUGACUGAUGCAAGAAUUAGGCGGCUUUUACCCUCACACUUAGGGAGACAUUUCUAUCAAAGAAAGAAAGUUCCAGUGUCUGUAAACCUUCAGGCCAAGAAUUUAUCGAAAGAAAUCAAUGGGUCUUUAGGUGUAACAGUCUUGAACAUCUCUAAAAGUGGUUCUUGCAGCUCUAUACGAGUGGGUCACACUGGAAUGCAGACUGAGCACAUCGUUGAAAACAUCGUUGCUGUCACGAAAAAGCUUUCAGAGAAAUUGCCGGAGAAGUGGGAGAGCGUGAAACUCCUGUUCGUGAAAACUGAGAAAUCAGUUGCCCUUCCCGUCUUUUCCUCAUUUGUCAGCAUUCAGGAUGAAACCAACAGAAAACUCAUUUCUAACGAGAAGGAAAAAGCGGCAAAGAAAAGACACAAAGAAAGAAAAUAUCUUGAAAAACAACAGCGGUGGAAGAAAAACAAAAAAAUAAGGCGACAGGCUAGGAAGGCUGCGUCAGUCCAAACUAAAAGUGGCAUGUCAUCUAAAAUUAGUGGUGCUCCAGUGAAGAAUCCUGGGUCCCAGAAGAAAAAGACUGGCAGAGUAAAGGCCCAAAUGAAAGUGACAAACAAAUCCGAAGGUGAAAUUCCACAACUGGUACCAAUAGGCAACACUCCAGCUAAAGAAAAUGUAGAGAUGCAGAAACAUGUCACAGGAAAGAGGUCUCCAAAAAAGAGUCCUGAUCCCAACAAACCUCGUGGGAAGAAGAGGAAGGCCUUACCAGCUUCAGAGACCCCAGGUAAAGGCCCAGGGAAGAAGCCAAAAAUCAAAGAAGAGGCGAGAAAAAAAGACCCAAGAAAGACUCAAAAAAAGCCAGAGGCCAAGUUCUUCGCUAAUGCUAAUAAAUCUGCAAGAGAAGCUCCCCACACCCUUAAACCAUAGCCCCAAAACUCAGAGUGCUCCAGUUGACCUAAAAUCAGUGAGUCAACCAGAAGGAAAUAGAGCUAACUGAAGAGCUUUUUAAAAAUACUGGGUUCCUGAUCCCUGUUGCAACCUUUGCCAAGAUUGAGGCUCGAUCUUAAAUAUGUUUUAAAACCUUCACAGGUUAUCCUGAUGUAUGUUCCUGGGUGUAAGAACCAGUGGUUUGAAGUAAAAUCUGCUUUUUAAUUAUAUUUACUAAUAUAAUAGAGGGAAAAUAGCAUGCUUUUCUGUGGAUGUGUUUUUUUAUUAUUAAAGUAUAAGAUUUGCUUUUGAGUAGA